CGAUGAGGCAAAACAAUUUUGAACCUCUAUCCAGGCUCUCGGAAUCUGUAUCCCUCCGCUACUACAACAUGGCUCCAAUCCACUAUCUCCCCCUCUCCAUUCUCGCCUCAUUAACAACAUCUAUAUCCCUCCCGCCACCCUCAGGACCUUACAAUGUAGGCUACACCCAACACGUCUUCAACCAUAUCAGCAUAGACGACCCAUCCCCGGGCCCAGACAACAUCCUCCUAACCUCAAUCUACUACCCAACCCUCGCCACUCCCUCCCCAAACACAACCGUCCCCUACUUCGACCCCACGAGCGCCACAAUCUGGGGCGAAGUCUUCAACCUCUACCCCUCCGAUCUCCUCAACCUAACCACAACCCUCCAAUGGCACGCCCCCCUUCUCCCCUCCAAAGAAGCGGAUCUCGAAAAAUCAAAACCAACGCUUUUAUUCGCUCCAGGCGGCGGUAUGAACGCUUUCAUGUUCUCCUCCCUCCUCUCAGACCUCGCCUCGCAGGGCUUCACCAUCGUCGCCCUCGACCACCCCGGCGAAGCGCCGUAUCUCCGCCUCAACCCUUUCACCGAUGAAGACGCCGUGACGGGCUGGGAUAUCUACAUGCCGUAUACACCGUUGCUGACGCAGCAAAUCUACGAAUUCCGCCUCAAUGACCUAUUCUUCUUACUCUCGGACACGGGGUUCUCGGAACUGGUUCAGAACUGGACGGGAAGUUACUUUAAUACUGAUAGCUAUGGUGCGUUUGGACAUAGUGUAGGCGGAGCACAGGCUGCGGGCGCCAUGGACCGGUAUUCCAACAUCAUCGCGGGGAUGAAUAUCGAUGGUGGGUUCUUUGGCGAUAGUGUCAAUGCUUCGCUGACGGGGCGUCCGUUUCUUAUGAUGAUGAAUCCGACGCAUUUUGCUUCAGAUACUACGUGGACGGGGUUUGUGGAGAGGUAUGCGGUGGAGGCGGAGGAGAUUGGGAAGGGGUGGUUGGAUUGGUUUACUGUGGGGAGUGUUGCGCAUUUGGCGCUUAGUGAUCUUUCGUUGUGGGUUGAGUUGCUGCCGAAGGCGAAUGGGACAGAUUUGAUUGAUUUGGGGACCUUGAAGGGGAGUAGGGUGGAUCAACUUUUGAGGGAGUAUGUGGGGGCUUUUUGGGGGUGGGUUGCUGGGGGAGAGUAUGAGGAGGUUUUAGAGGGAGAGAGUAAAGAGUGGCCCGAGGUGGAGUUUAAUAGGACUGUCAGGAUUUGA